AUGGUCACAGAAAAUGGAAACCCUCGAUAUCCGCCCCCUGUGGUUGAAUCGGAGUUGCGCGGCCGCCGGAAGGCCCCUCCACCACCGCGCCUGGAUCCCUUGACCAUUGAUCCAUGCGCGCGAUCUCGAAAACCGUCUCCAAGAUCGUCGCCUCGAUCUCCCCGCUCUCCACGCCAUUACGACCAACAACCGCAACCGCGAGCGCGUUCUCCGUUGCCAUCAGCGCCGCCGAGUGCGACCGAGGACCGCCCAUGGCUGCCUAUGUCGCUCCGUGCGGGCUCGCCCCAGCAGGAGACAAACGAUGACUGGAGACUGCGGCGACCGCCCGUUGCGCGCGCUCCCCCUUUCACGCCACCUCCCGACCCCCACACUCUGAAAUGGUAUACCCGUGAUAACGAUUUCGACCGAUCCAACCACCGAAAGGCCCCGCCAACCCGGGGCGGUCUGCGCAUUUCGAUGUCGACCUCUCGGUUAAAUAGUCGACGCCCGAGAACGCAGGAGUCCCCGGAUCGCCGACAGGAACUCAACACGCAUGGCCUACCGCUCCCGCGUUUUCCCUCCAACGGUCCUGCCGACGAUGAUGCCACCCGAUCCAGCUUCAAUUCCAAUAUCACCUCCCGAUCCAGCAUUGAACAGGCGAGCGGUACUGAGCGCAGCAGUGUGCUCACCAAGAGCAGCUCCAUCACGGAUCUGUCGCCCGACACCCCGGACGCUCCUUACGGGAUGGAUGGGGGGAUGAGUGUGGAAGAUGCCAUCUCAAUGUAUCUGGACGGCUUUAGUGACGUGACAGAGGAGCCCGCCUCACCAAAAUCUCGGGCAGAUAGCAAAGCACCAUCGAUCACGCCUCCGCCUUCGCGAGAUACCAUGUUUGAAGAACCACCCCCUCCAAAGCCGACAUCGCUGGACGAUAUUCCGCCUAUCCCUCCUUUGCCUUCAUCGACCUUGCCCGAAUUUGCACUGUCCGAUCCGGAACCGCAUUCUUUUGUUUCUGAACCCACUGUCUUGGAAUCCACUAUCAGCGAAUCCCUCCCCACAACCCCAUGGCCACAGGCCAACCCCAUGGAGCAAGUAACACCAGAACCUCAGGCUGUAGCUCCAGAGCCAUCUCCCCCCGCACCUUCAUCGCCUCCGUUUCCCCCGUGUCCACCUUCUCAGCCUCAGCCCCAACCACAAUCACCUUCUCACCCUGAAUCACCCCGUCAGCGGCAGCCGUCGAAAAUCAUAAUACCUGGGCCCGUUCCCCCACCCCUCAGUUCUGGAAACGACACGCGGGAUGACUACGGGUUCCGCAAAGCCACGCAAUACGUGACAUUGGAACAAUACGAAGCCUGGAAAGGAUCCUACUCCAACUACACGGCCCACCGGCGCACCAAAUGGUAUGACCUGCUGCAGGAACAUGGGCUGCCCACCACCAAUGUCACUACAUUUCCUGCACAGUCUACCAAAUUGAAGCGCUUUGUACGCAAGGGCAUCCCGUCCGAGCUACGGGGUGCGGCCUGGUUCUGGUAUGCCGGCGGGUACGAGCUCCUGAACCGCAACCUUGGACUCUACGAUCAACUCGUGCAGAAGGUCAUGGCAUCUCCGAGCAAUGAUGACAAGGAGCAUAUUGAGCGAGAUCUUCAUCGUACAUUUCCCGACAACAUGCACUUCAAGCCGGAUGUGGCUGAUGAUGGAAGCUCUGGAAGCAGCAAUUCCCAGCAAAAUGGUCCCGUGGAGACCUCAAUGAUCCAGUCACUGCGUCGAGUCCUUUAUGCCUUUGCACUGCACAACCCCAAGGUGGGAUACACGCAAUCGCUGAAUUUCAUCACGGGUAUGCUCCUCCUCUUUCUCCCUGAGGAAAAAGCGUUUUGGAUGCUGCAUAUCGUGACUUCGGUUUACCUCCCGGGGACCCAUGAAAUCAGUCUGGAGGGAGCGAACAUUGACCUGUGGAUUCUGAUGGUUCUGCUGCGGGACUCGAUGCCGGGCAUCUACUCCAAAAUCGCCAGCAUGGGCGGGACGCAACCCACUCGGGGCAAACUACCUCCCCUGACGGUCAAUUCCCGGCUGCCCGAUAUCACGCUGGGCCUGACCAACUGGCUCAUGAGUGUGUUCAUUGGGACUCUACCAUUGGAAACCACACUGCGAGUGUGGGAUAUUUUCUUCUACGAGGGCUCCAAGACCUUUUUCCGCGUUUCGCUAGCCAUCUUCAAAGCCUGCGAGCGCGAUAUCCUCGCCGUCUCCGACCCGAUGGAAGUCUUCCAGGUGGUGCAAACCGUUCCCAAGAAACUGUUGGAUGCCAACGCUUUGCUCGAAGACUCCUUUGUCCGACGACACCGCGUUGGCCAGGGCCGUAUCGAAGAACUGCGCGCCGCACGACGGACGGCCGUUCGACAAGAGAAGCUGCGACGGUCGGUCGCUUUCAGCAAGGGCCAGAUCCCAUCAGCGACCGACGACUUCACCGUGCGGCCGCGCAACCAGACUCCCCGCGUCGAAGAACGGGUUGUCCACUCCUGGCGCCAACUGAAGCAGCAUGCGUUUCGCUAG